CGUUCUUUUUUCUGUCCCUCCUCCUUUCUGGUACGUUCCCAAUGGUACAGCCAGCAUCUUGCAGCAUAAUGCUUACAAGACGGUAAACGGGGAGUGAUUCAGCAUUGCAAUCGUAAUUUCAAGGCUAUACCGGUAUUUUUUUUUUCUUCCAUCGCUGCAUUUUUUUCUAGUUAUCUCCAUGUUCACUUUUAUUUUUCUGUGCGUGCUAAGUCGUUAAAUGUCUCUCGUCGGAAUGUUUUGAACAGAACUGUCACCGGCCUAGGAUCGUCGUCAGCUGGCACGGAAUGGUAUUUAUGAGCAGGCAUUUCUUCUAUUACUGCGGUGAACCAGUCCUAGAUGUGAAAAUAGCCUUUUGUCAGGUGUGUGUUCCUUACAGGUAAAAUAAGGGUUUUGGUAAACAAUUGGAUGUGUCAUACAUUGGCAAGCAUUACAACAUGAGCAAAUGCAAAGUGGACAACCAGUUCUACAGUGUGGAAGUAGGAGAUUCCACCUUCACAGUUCUCAAACGUUACCAGAAUCUAAAACCCAUCGGUUCUGGAGCUCAGGGAAUCGUCUGUGCCGGGUACGAUGCAGUCCUCGACAGAAACGUGGCCAUCAAGAAGCUCAGCAGACCCUUUCAGAACCAGACCCAUGCCAAGAGGGCAUACAGGGAACUGGUGCUCAUGAAAUGUGUCAAUCACAAAAAUAUCAUCAGUUUAUUAAAUGUUUUCACACCACAGAAAUCACUAGAAGACUUUCAGGAUGUGUACCUGGUGAUGGAGCUGAUGGAUGCAAACCUAUGCCAGGUGAUUCAGAUGGAGCUAGACCAUGAGAGAAUGUCCUACCUGCUCUACCAGAUGCUGUGUGGCAUCAAACACCUGCACUCAGCUGGAAUUAUACACAGGGACCUGAAACCUAGCAAUAUAGUGGUGAAGUCUGAUUGUACGCUGAAGAUCCUGGACUUUGGCCUGGCAAGGACUGCAGGCACAAGCUUCAUGAUGACCCCGUACGUGGUGACACGGUACUACAGAGCUCCAGAGGUCAUCCUGGGCAUGGGGUACAAAGAGAACGUGGAUAUAUGGUCGGUGGGGUGCAUUAUGGGAGAAAUGGUGCGUCACAAAAUCCUGUUCCCUGGCCGUGACUAUAUCGACCAAUGGAAUAAAGUGAUUGAGCAGCUGGGCACACCCUCACCAGAGUUUAUGAAGAAGCUGCAGCCCACUGUCCGUAACUAUGUAGAGAACAGACCCAAAUACGCAGGCCUCACCUUUCCCAAGCUCUUCCCCGACUGCCUCUUCCCUGCAGACUCAGAGCACAACAAACUCAAAGCUAGCCAGGCCAGAGAUCUGUUGUCUAAGAUGUUGAUUAUUGAUCCAGCCAAGCGGAUACAAGUGGACGAAGCCUUACAGCACCCCUACAUCAACGUUUGGUACGACCCAGCCGAGGUGGAGGCGGCCAGGGAUCUCGUCCAAAUAUCAAUGCCUCCUCCUGCUAUCUACGACAAACAGCUGGAUGAGAGAGAACACUCUAUCGAUGAAUGGAAAGAACUAAUCUACAAAGAGGUGAUGAACUUUGAGGAGAGGACGAAGAACGGGGUGGUGAAGGGACAACCCUCUCCCUCAGGUGCAGCCGUGAACAGCAGUGGUGAGAGCCUCCCUUCCCCCUCCGUCAACGAUAUCUCCUCCAUGUCCACCGACCAGACCCUGGCCUCAGACACUGACAGCAGCCUGGAGACCUCCGCAGGACCCCUGGGGUGUUGCAGGUGACUAGCAGCCUGCCUGCGCAACCCAAUGUUCUUCAGAAGGUGAAAUGUCCAAACAACCAACCAACUCACCAAAACCUGAAAAAGAACAAAGAUUAUUCAAAAUAAAAAAAGUAUCAUAUUAAAAGGGAUUUAAGAAAACGUAAA